AGUGGCGAGAGAAUCUCUGUCCCACGAUGAAGGAGGUGGAGGAGGUGAUCUUGGGGAAAAUAGAGCCGCACCGUGAGUGACCUGCGAUGUCUGCGACCCUCAGCCCUGGACUAGAUGGCCACAGCGUUUUUCUAGUCAGCGCAUUCCCUUACAUCCCUUUUUCUCUUGAGCCUGGGAUCCUGCUCCGGUGCCCUAAGAGACUAGACUCCCUCCCAACCAUUCAAGGGCCCUACUAACUAGAACCUUGCUAAUCCCUCGGACUCUUGGGUCAUAGCUGACCCUGUACCUCUCUUUCCCCAACCCCACGCCUUCAUGGACCACUCCUUUACUGCCUUCCCGUCUCCCUGCAGCCCCAGAGCCACCCCUGGGCCAGGAUUCAGGAUGGAGCCCUUCCGGAAAAGGCUUUGCUCCGGGCCUCAAAGCCUGCCCGCCGGGUACGAGCCCUGCCAUCCUUGUUCUAAGGAGCCUCCCCCAGGGCUUGGCCGUGGGCCCCUCGAGAUCCAGGAAUCAGCACUUGGGGGUCUGGUGUGUAGGAGCACCCCUGCAGCCCGGCCUGCAUUGGGGACCUCUGGAAGAUGAGUCCGUCCUGGAGAAGGGCGAGGGAAUGAAGACACCGCACGAGGAGGUAUUGAGGAGUCGGACAUCUGUCUGAAAGUUUGGGGGAGGUUCAGACAUUUCCGGACAGCUCUUCCAGUUUGUUAGAAGCAGGAUAUUUUCAAACUCGAGAAAUAAUUGUCCCUUCAUUGCAGCGCUGUCUUGCUCUACCUAAGCAGCAGUAACUAAAGCAGAUGCAAAGAAGUUGUGAGAACCUGAAUUCCUACUGUGUUGGCAGAGACAAAGGUCAGAAGCUAAGGUUACCAGGAUCAGAUUCAAACCUGUUAACUAGUUAGCUAAAUUACACACCUAAUAUUACUCACCUGUAAAAGAAAGUUGUGGCUGUUACCGAGAUCCUUUGGAAGACCAGAGGACACGAUGCAAGCCAAAUACGCCUGUGCUUUGUAAGCAUUAGUAAGGAUUGUUUAAAAGUAUUGGUGCUCUUGCAGCGUUUUCUGUUUGGUAUUUGCUGAAAGGCUGUGCUGUUUAGAGCUUUCCACACCUUUAAGGAGAGGACUUCUCGUUAGCCCCGUGCGGAGCCAUCUGUCCCCGGCAGCAAAGUUCCACUUGGACCAGUUUGGUGCAGGAGGGAAGACUGCAGAGUGAUGGCAAUGCGUCCUUGGUCUGGAUCAGGGAGAAGCUACACCUGCAGGUGGACCAGACUAUACUGCCAGGCUUUGAGUUGCUGCUGCGCCCACAGUCUCCGCAGAAGAGUCUAAGUGUCCUGCACCCCAAGCUGGAGGAAGAAGUAGCUGAGACAGGAGAGGCGUCUGCUACACAGGAAGAGGUGGCCUCCCCGCAAGAGGAUUCAGCAGGGUUUUGCACAGAUCCUGGUCACGAGUCAUCCCAUAGUAUCCAAGAAGACAAUAUGCUAGUCUCUGAAUCUGUGACCAAAACCGAAGAGCAACUUUUCAAGGAUAGCCAACCCAUUGGCCUGUUGCUUCACGAUGACAGCAUGGAUAAACAGUGCCUACCACAGACUCCACCUGAGCCUCAGAGCACCUCAGCUGCCCAGAAGAGCCCAGAGAGCAGUGAAGCCGGUUUAUUUCCUCCUGAGGGUGCCCAGGUGGAGACCUGCCCGGCCAAGCAGUUAGAUGUCCCCAGCAGUCAGUGCCCGUCUAUAGCCCAGACCUCAGAGCCUGGAACCCAGCUCCCUGACCUGUCUGGGCUGCUCUGCAGCCCUCUGGACCCAGCAGGAAGCUCCUCAAAGCUGGGCCGACGCUACCGGUGUGGGGAGUGUAGCAAGGCAUUCCUACAGCUGUGCCAUCUGAAGAAGCACGCGUUUGUGCACACAGACCACAAGCCUUUCCUGUGCACCGAGUGUGGCAAGAGCUACAGCUCUGAGGAAAGCUUCAAAGGCCACAUGCUGGGCCACCGUGGUGUACGGCCCUUCCCUUGCUCUCAGUGUGACAAGGCCUAUGGUACCCGCAGAGACCUCAGGGAACAUCAGGUGGUCCACUCAGGUGCCCGGCCCUUUGUGUGUGAGCAAUGCGGCAAAACCUUUGCCCGCCGACCUUCCCUGCGGCUACACCGAAAGACCCACCAGAUGCCAGAUGCCCCUUCACCAUGCCCAUGCCCAGUGUGUGGACGGCUCCUGGCCACCCGGGGUUCCCUGCGGAAUCACAUGAGGCUCCACACUGGUGAGAAACCCUACCUGUGCCCCCACUGUGGCCAAGCAUUCCGCCAGCGGGGCAACCUCCAAGGACACUUGCGGCUACACACAGGAGAGCGCCCCUACCAGUGCCCACAUUGUGCCAAUACUUACCCCCAGCUGCCUGAACUGCGGCGCCAUCUCAUCUCCCACACUGGAGAGGCCUACCUGUGCCCCGUGUGUGGGAAGGCCCUGCGAGACCCACAUACACUCCGUGCUCAUGAGCGCCUACACUCAGGGGAGAGGCCCUUUCGCUGUCCCCAGUGUGACCGAGCUUACACACUGGCCACCAAGUUGCGCCGCCACCUCAAGUCCCACAUGACAGACAAGCCAUACCAGUGCCCCAUCUGUGGCAUGGGCUAUGUUCUCCCUCACAGCCUCAAGCGGCACCAGCUCAGUCACCAGUGUGGGGUUUCAUCCAGCCCUUCUCUGCCUCCUGCUGCCUCUGAGCCCCCUAUGGUGCUCCUCCAGAGUGAGCCGGAACUGCUGGACACUUGUAGCCAACAGGAAGUGCCCCCAGGUGAGGGUAUUGUGGAGGUCACCAUCUCUGAAAGCCAGGAAAAGUGCUUUAUAGUACCAGAGCAGCCAGCCCCUAGCCCCAGCCUGGUCCUGAUCCACAAGGACGUGGGCUUUCGUGGCUGGGCCGAGGUGGUAGAAGCAGAAGCAGGCACCUGACGCCCUCAUCACCCUUCCUUUACCCCUGCAAGAGCUCCCCGUGAAGACUGGUGCAGCAGAGCGGGUGUCAUUCAUUCUCUUUGGGUCUCCAGAGAGGUGCAGGAACCCAGCUGACUGGCUUCUUGGGGUCAAUCCACACAUCACAUGCCCUCUGUAGUUCAGGUUUUAAUUCAGUUGGUUGCUUUCAUAGAUGAAGUUCGUCAAAGCUAAAGGAGACAGUGUAGGGAGAUGGGUGGGGUGGGAUUUGUGCACUCUGUAGGCUUGGGCACAGGGAAGCUAUGAGGUCUUAACACGAUUUGCCUGUGAAGUCUGUGAGCCUAGACAAUGUGAGAUGUUGGGGAUGAGCCAGACAGGCUCAUAGUGACACACCCCUGGUAUCCCAGCACACAAACAGAGGCAGAAGGGUUGCCUCAAGUCUGAGGCCAUCAUGGACUGUGUAAGCAGACCUAUCUCAGGGAGGGAGGGAGAAGAGGUUGGCCUUUACAAAGCCUGUGAUUCACUGAGCUGUAGGGAUAGAUCAGAAAUAAAUGCGUAGGCUGAGUGUGUCAGCUCACACCUAGAAUCCCUGCCUUAGAAGCACAAGUUAAAGACCUACCUGCCUACCCUUAGGAAGAAGAAAAACCAUUGGAUAUGAGUUCAGAGGGGACAUGGGAGUUGUUACGAUAGGGUGAUGUGAUCUGGGUGGUGCCAAGGGCCUCCCCAGCGGUGACAACAGGAGCAUACUUUGAGCCAGGCUUUGAUGAGUGAACGCGCGCAUGCGCGUGUGUGUGUGUGUGUGUGUGUGUGUGUGUGUGUAAGCAGUGUUUCUUUUUUAAACAAAUAGACAAGUAUAAAGCACUUUAACUAUUCUCCCAUAGCCACAAAGCUACCCGAGGGCUGAGUUUAGAGUCUGCCUGUUGCACUCGUGCUGACGGUCGGCUCCCAGCACUGGUGCUGCACUAUCUUGGUCUGCCUGUUCUUGGUAGGUGGAUGGAUUUUCAAGCGGUGAGAAGCAGGAAUGGACAUGUAAUUCUAAAGAGGUGGUCGGGAGAUGCCUUAGUGAAGUGAGAGUGCUAUGAGUACCAGAGUAGGCAGUGAGCUGGGGAAGGGCUGGGUGCUAGGUGGAGUAAAGAAGAUAAAAGCUGGGCCUGGAGAGCUGCCUCGGAGGUUAAGAACACUUCCAGAGGUCCUGAGUUCAAUUCCCAGCAACCACAUGGUGGCUCACAACCAUCUGUAAUGGGAUCCAAUAUCCUCUUUUGGUGUGUCUGAAGACAGCUACAGUGUAUUCAUGAACAUAAAAUAAAUCUUAAAAAAAAAAAAGACAAAAGCCAGUGUGGCCACUUGCAUCUCAAACUACAAAAGGACCUUCUCUAGGACAGUGUUUUUUUUUUUUUUUUUUUUCUGAGUUAAACUAGCCAUGUUGCACUGUUUUUGUUUUUUAAUAAAUUGAAUCCUGAGUAUCUAUAUGGUAUAAAGAGAACUGGCUCUCCCACCUAGAGCAAGCAGCAGAGGGACUGAGGUAGACCAGGGAGGUGAGGACAGGGAGAAGUUACGUUCCUGAAGUCAAGUGUCAGGUAGGUAUGUUCUCUGGGAGGCACAAGGGACAGAGUUCAGAGCUGGUGGCUGGGAGAACAGUUUAAGUUCUCCCAAGUCUCAGCCAUGCAUUUAAGAUUUGGGCUGAGGUAGGCUUUAAGAAACAAGCAGUUGGUGGGAGGAGCUGGGUAACUAAGCAACAGGGCCCUGAAGGCCACAGUGGCUUUACUCCAGUUAGUAAGAGGGGAGGCUUAUAAGGGGAGUAAAGGUGGAGCCAUCAAAUGGAAGAGAGAAACCUGAGAAGUGUCACUAGAACUAAAGGAGGAGUGUCCCAGGGGUGGUCAAUGCUGACACUGGCUUGGGUGUUGAGACCUGUGAAGUGAGCUGAACCGGGAGGGGUUAUGGUUUAUAAGUGCUUGGCCCAGGGAGUGGCACCAUUAGAAGGUGUGGCCCUCUUGGACUAGGUGUGUCACUGUGGGUGUGGGCUUUAACCCUCUUCCUAGCUGCUUGGAAGCCAGUCUUCUGCUAUCAGCCUUCAGAUGAAGAUGUAGAGCCCCUCUGCUCCUCCUGCACCAUGCUUACCUGGAUGCUGCCAUGUUCCUGCCUUGAUAAUGGACUGAACCUGUAAGCCGGCCCCAAUUAAACAGGAUGUAUUGAUUGUCUUUAUAUGUAAGUGUGCUGUGGAACAAAUGGAAAUCAAAACUGGA